GGCGGCGGCGGCCGUGGCCGGUUGUCGUCGGUGAGGCUGCGGCGCGCCCUCCCCCGCGGGCGGAGCGGCCCCGGGCGCGGCCCGGCCCGCAGCCAUGUCCUCCUUCUCGGAGUCGGCGCUGGAGAAGAAGCUGUCGGAGCUGAGCAACUCCCAGCAGAGCGUGCAGACGCUGUCGCUGUGGCUCAUCCACCACCGCAAGCACGCAGGGCCCAUCGUCUCCGUUUGGCACCGGGAGCUCCGCAAAGCCAAAUCCAGUCGGAAGCUGACCUUCCUCUACCUGGCAAAUGAUGUCAUCCAGAACAGCAAGAGGAAAGGGCCUGAAUUCACCAGGGAGUUUGAGUCAGUGCUUGUGGAUGCUUUCUCCCACGUUGCCAGAGAAGCAGAUGAGGGCUGCAAGAAGCCCUUGGAAAGGUUGCUUAACAUCUGGCAGGAGAGGAGUGUGUAUGGCAGUGAGUUCAUCCAGCAGCUCAAGCUCUCCAUGGAGGACUCCAACAGCCCCCAGACUAAAGUUGCAGAGGAGAAGAAGUCACUCAAGAGGACUUUCCAGCAGAUACAGGAGGAGGAGGAUGAUGACUACCCUGGCAGCUACUCCCCCCAGGACCCCAGUGCUGGGCCCCUGCUGACUGAGGACCUGAUCAAAGCCCUGCAGGACCUGGAGAACGCGGCGUCGGGAGACGCGACGGUGCGGCAGAAGAUCGCCUCCCUGCCCCAGGAGGUCCAGGACGUGUCCCUGCUGGAGAAGAUCACAGACAAGGAGGCGGCGGAGAGGCUCUCCAAGACGGUGGACGAGGCCUGCCUGCUGCUGGCGGAGUACAACGGGCGGCUGGCGGCGGAGCUGGAGGACCGGCGGCAGCUGGCGCGGAUGCUGAUCGAGUACACCCAGAGCCAGAAGGACGUCCUGACCGAGAAGGAGAAGAAGCUGGAGGAGUACAAGCAGAAGCUGGCUCGGGUCACCCAGGUCCGCAAGGAGCUCAAGUCCCACAUCCAGAGCCUCCCAGACCUCUCCCUGCUGCCCAACGUCACAGGGGGGCUGGCACCUCUGCCAUCUGCUGGUGACCUCUUCUCCACAGACUAAAGGUUGCUGUGUUGCCCUGUUCCCACUGUCAACCAGCAGAAGGAAGAAGACUCUGGGCUUG